GGUGGUGGUGGUUGUGAUGGAGGUUGUGGUGGAGGUGGUGGUGGUGAUGGUGGAGGUGGUGGUGGAGGUGGUGGUGGUGGUUGUGGUCGAGGUGGUGAUGGUGGAGAUGGUGGUGCUGAUGGAGAUGGUGGUGGAGGUGGUGAUGGCCGUGGUGGUGGUGGUUGUGGUCGAGGAGGUGGUGGUCGAGGUGAUGGUGGAGAUGGUGGUGGUGCUGAUGGAGGUGGUGGUGCUGAUGGCCGUGGUGGUGCUGAUGGAGGAGUAGGAGGUGGAGGUGUCAUGGUGCCCCUGAGCUUCAGGGCGAUCCAGAGGAAGGCGAGAAGUCUCUUCGAGGAGUUGACUGCGGCUCGUCUCCUACACGACGACGUCGUCGACCGAGGAGGAGGAGGAGAUGGAUACGUGCCACCUCCUCCAUUCGUGGCGAGCCGCGGGUGGUUCGAUCGCUUCAAGUCUCGGGCGAACCUUCAAAGUGUGAGGAUCUCAUGCGAUGGACGCUGUGGUGGUGGUGGUGAUGGUGGUGGUGGUGAUGAAGGCGGCUCGGGUGAAUUCCCCGAUCUGUUGGCUCACGUUGGUAGCAUGCGAGGUGGUGGUGGAGGAGGUGGUCGAUGUUGUUGUCAGCGCCUCACCCUCUACGCCAUCGGCAAGCCACCGGCACCAGCGAGGCUCGAGAUGGAUUCGGGCAUUGGGUUGCCCUUCAUCAAACAAGAAUACGAUGGAAAUCCAUUCGCCGCGAUGUCUUCUGACUUGACGGUGAAACGUGAACAUUCAGAUGUUGGAGCAGUGGCGACGCAAGAAGAUGAGGGGAGUCUGGGCACUGGGAUUUUGAGGAUUGUGGUGAAAACCGAAGUGGAGGAAGAUGCUGCAGAUCUACAAAUUUUGAAAGUCGAAGGAUGCAGUGCGAGUGCAUGGGAGAAGGGGAAUUCCCUCGAAGGAUGUCCGGACACUUCACGCGAGAACCUCAUCAAGGUGGAGUUGCCGAAUGAGGACGUCGGUGAAGAAGGUGCAGUGCAGAAGAAUUCGGCAAAGUUCCGGGGGGUGGCGUCGCGGCCGCUCGCCAAACGGGGACGCCGUCGCGUCGGAGACCCCAAGGGGCCACGCCGUCACUCGCACUCCGCCACGGGCCAUUCGGCCACAGCGACGGGCCAUUCGGCGCAAACUUACACGGACACUACGACGAUGACCGCUGCGGCACCGGCGGCGGCGGCACUGACGGUACAGGCGGCGGCCGCCCCCCCUCGCUCGUCGAGGAGAAGGGCGAACUUCACGUCGGACGAGUUGGAGGCCCUCGUGCGCUGCGUCGGGGCCCACCUCAGCGACAUCGACCUUGUGCCCGACGGCCAGAGCACGAGCCACGCGAGAAAGGAGCGCGCGUGGCUGGAUGUGGCCUCCGGCGUGAGCGCCGUGGGUCUCUGUCGAUCCGUGGCGGAGGUCAAGAAGAAGUGGUUCGACCUUAGGAGUCAAACGAAGAGGAAGGCAGCAGCUCUGAGACGGGAGGCCGCGGGCGGCCUUCUGCUCGCCGCCCUCCAACUCAACCCCGUCGAGGAGAAGGUGGCCGCCAUGCUGGAGACAACGGAGGCCAUCCGGUGCCUUGCUCCUCGCAUGCUUGGCAACGCAGAGCGUCCCCGUCUUACCAAGGCAGUCACCACCAAAGUUUCUCCCGCAAGCCACCCAACCUCCACCGCUGCCAGUGACUGGGACAGCCGUUUGGUCGCCGCGCCGUUGACAUCCGCCCAACCGUUGCGUCCGUCGAGCACCACCUUGCUCGAUGCUCUGGUCCCCGAAGAAGAUCACGUUCCCGCCAAUGACGACGCGCCUCCCGCGUGGACGGCCCGCCCCGGACGGCCCCCUCCCGGCGGCCCCGACGGCAUCGCCGAUUUCCCACCGAGUUCCCCGGAGCGCCAGGGUGACCCGCUCUCCGAAGGCCUCGCGGUUCCGUCGAAGCGGGCCUGCCGGGGUCGUCCACUCGGGGGCGGACGUGGCGAGCGUGGCGAGGGUGGCGGUGAACGUUGGGACCACAACGACGGCGGUGGAAACGCGCACCUCGUCCGGCUGAUGGAAGAGCAGACGGCGCUGCUGCGAGCCGCCGCGGACAAGCUGAGCAGGGGGCUGAGGACCAUCGAGGAAGACCUCAAGGGGUUGAGGAGCUUGGCCGAGUCCCAGGCGGCCCUGUGGAAGAACUGGCUGGAGGUGGGGCAGAGCGGUCGACCGUGACGCUGAGCAAGUCUCUCGCGCGCGCGGGCCAACUCGCUCGUCGGCGAUUGCUCUCGCGUUUGACGUCGGUUGCGAGUUCUGUGCGUGCGGACAAGGACGCAGUUUAAAAAAAAAAAAAACGAGCGAAAAUUGCACGGAGUGUUCUUUGACAGAAGGAGGAAGAGUAAAAAAAAAGGUUAUCAAAGUCGACCUCGCGAUUAUCAAAACACCGAAAUCUCACAAAUUCAAACGCUCGUGACGAUUAUCUGAACCACCAGCCCUGGCCCUCCCCUCGGUUCCAACUACCAGACUCAAAAUGAGUCACCCCCCCCCUUUGUGCCGUGUAAACAUUGCCACGAGGUAGACCAAGGUGGCGGCAGCCUUGAUCACUCCACUGUUAGAUUUUAAAAAACGACCUCUUUACCUCGCUACCUCGCACGAGAUUCAUCUCGAGUUGCCAACCGUCGCGGCUCAUCAAGGACUGCUUCUUCGUGACAGGCAUUUAUUAUGGACCGACCAACGCAUGGUUCGCUGAAAUAUUGACUUUUUUGUUUGUUUUCCAAAUUAGCCACUGAUAAAGGUGGUGGAUGGGCGGUUGGGUUCACAGGUUAUGACCAAUAUACAAUGAACGCACAAUUCACACGGGAGUUCAUUCAUUGUUACGAGAGAGAUUUAUAUAACCGUGCGUGGAUUUCUUUUGACGGCGUAACGACGCAGUGCGGAUUAUGUGGAGCGGAGGUACUGUCGAAGCUGACGCGAACGUCGCCUGUACGUCCCCUCGCAAACGUUGCCUGGAUGUUUCCACCAAGGUGCAUUCCCGGUCGAGCGAUAUACAUUAAAACAUUUUAAACGUAUUUUGUUAGCUAACAGUUCAAAACAGAAACCCUGAACAUCAAUGACGGUAGUGAGCAGAUGAGUGCUAAUUAUUGAGCUAACAAUUGUUUUUCCAUCAUAUAGCUUUUUUUUGGGUCUGAUCGCGUAAAUAUAAAUGUGUCGUUAACCCCGCCACCACAGACACAGCCAAUUAGUAAGGUUUGUCACGUAAACAGAACGUGCCAAUUCGUAUUUUUGUGCAAUAUCUAUUACACUGGUCAACACAAACAAAUGUCUGGCCUGGACUUUUGCAGCUGUUUUAGACUAAGUUCAGGGUGCUGAUUCCAAAUCUUAUCUCAGAUUUGCUCUAUCACAUCUCAUUUUUAUGCUAUCGGCAUACCCCAUUUUUUAAUCCUUUAUAUUAAGUUCGCUUGCUUGCGUGCUUGCUUGCGUGCUUGCUUACGAUCGUGCAAAUCUUUCGGUCGUUUUUUAACCCACUUCCCGUGAUCCAAUCGAGCUGACAUUUUGCACACAGACUCGUUGUGCGAGACAAUUAAUGUUCGUGAAAAUUUUUUUCCAAAAUUUUACACUGUUUAGGGAAAACAAAUUAAAUAUUUAAUUACCAAUUGCUUAAUACUGGCAGACAAUCAUCUGACCCAUAGGUGGCAGCCAUCUCAAGCCGGAGGACGAGAGGACUCUAGCCGCCACGCAUAUAAAGGAUUUAUAGUGAAAAACUUUGUUUUUACGGGUUAUACUUAUUAUUGAUUUUACCCGAAAUUAACUCUGUCACUUAUGAUGGCAAGUUGUUGCGAGUCAGUGACUGCUUUAGUGUUAAAAUAUGGUGCUGCAUUUUAGGAUAGUGUGUUUAUAAUAUCAUUUUAUGUAGAUAUCCACAUUUAUUUAAUAUUUUUCUUCUGCAGUUUUUAUUGAAAAUGCAAUAUUUAAUAUCUCAAAAACCUGAUGUGAGAGACAAAAACUGAUGCCAAAUUUGGAAUCGGCACCCCAAAAUUACCUUAAACCCGUUGGAAUACCUUAUGCCAGAAAAAGUGUGUUGACCAGUGUUAUCCGACAUUCACAACGGUUAUAUCUUAAUGAUGCAUAGCCCCAAAUGUACACAUUUGUUUUAAUCAAUGACACUCCAAAGUCAACAAAGCUCCCCCAUGUGGCCUCUAACAGACUGUCGGGGCAAGUGGUUGUUAGUAGCGAGUAGCAGCACCUAUGAAGGCCGGCAGCUGUGGCAACACGAGGGGGUGGGUGGCCAUCACCACGCCCGGCCGCCUUUGUCUCCCCAGUGGCGAUGUUUGCUGAACACAACCAGUUACUCAUUUGAGGCCGAGUCGACCGAGGGGAGGCCCAGCACCGGUUCCAGAUAAUCGAACUCGGGUAGCUGGGUUCAUAGCGCAGCGCGCAGCUAACCGCUACACCACUGGCUCCCCACAUUGACACGCUCUUUAGACCACCACAAUCAAAUCUGAAUAUUUUUACUGCAGGAGAAAUCCGAUGAGUUGUUAAGCUAUUUGUUCACAGAUGUCCAGUUGGGACACGGGGUAAGAACGUUACAACGUUCUUACCCCGGUAUGAGCACAAAGUAUAGGAAAGGUAAAUAAAUCGCUGAACAAAAAACACUUUGACGGCUUGAUAUUGUGAACUAGGUUAAACAUAAACAAUUGUGUUAUGUUGGGGGGGAAGAGGGAACAUCCACAAACAUUUCUCCGAAUAGUUUCAAAAUCAAGAGUUGGCAACCCUUUUUAAAUCCUUUAUAUUAAGUUCGCAUGCUUGCGUGCUUGCUUGCUUACGACCGUGCAAAUCUUUCGGUAGUUUUUAACCCACUUCCCGUGAUCCAAUCGAGCUGACAUUUUGCACACAGACUCGUUGUGCCAGACAAUUAUUGUUCGUGAAAAAAAAUUCCCAAAAUUUUACACUUUUUAGGCAAAUUUUUUUUAUUUUACAUAUAUUCAAAUAGAACUCAUUCAUGGCUUUGGCUGAACGUCAGAGUGUAAGAGCCCAGAGCGUAACCCCUCCACAGGCCGUGGCGGAGUAGCGCAGUUGGUAGCGCCCUCGCUUCCCAUGCCAAAGGUCGCGGGAUCGAUCCCCGCAUCCUCCACAGGCGAAUAUAUUUUUAAAUCCUUUAUAUUAAGUUCGCUGCCACGCAUAUAAAGGAUUUAGAGUGAAAAACUUUGUUUUUACGGGUUAUACUUGUUUACCUCGCGAUGGCUAGGAAACGUUACCUCCCUCGCUUGGUAUACAGGAGGUCGUGGGUUCGAUCCCGACCCCGACGAUG